AUGUCACAAACGCGGAAGCGCAAGAAUAACCCCAUUUCAAUUAAUCUGGCCUAUCGCUGUGCUUGUUAUACUGGCGAGGAUCGAGUUCGUAAAAUAGAGCACAAUAUAAUUGGGAUGACCUUUAAAAAGGGUAAGGGUAUCACCUACUCUUGCGUUCUCUAUAUCAGCGCCAAAAGCUAUUAG